AUGAUGAACAAGUAUGAUGAGCCCAUGGAUAAACCUGUGCUGGUAAGCUUGCUCGCAUACGUUUUCUUAGCAUGGUAUCUAGUGGUUAUAUCCGUGGCCUACAACGGUUUUUUUCAUAUUAUUUUCAAAUUCACGCGAAAUUCCAGGUCAAAAAUCGAUUCCCAUAUCAAAGUCUCGGAACUGGAGGGCGUCACCAUCCUCAGACCACUGAAGGGCAUUGAUCCAGAACUGGACAUCUGCCUUCGGUCCUCGUUCGAACAAAAAUACCCCAAAUCCAAGCUGGAAAUUAUCUUCUGUGUCCAGGACAAGGAUGAUCCGUCAAUUCCGGUAGUCGAAGAAUUAAUUUCACAGUAUCCAGAUGUGGACGCCAAGCUCAUGAUCGAUGAAAAUCAAGAUGCUAAAGACGCAUAUGGGCCCAAUCCUAAGGUUAACAACCUUGCGAAGGGAUACAAAGCUGCAAAGCAUGAUAUUCUUUGGAUUCAGGAUUCCAACGUGUGGUCUCAUCCUGACACAUUGCAAAGAUCUGUGGUGUCUCUGACACGGUCACUGAACAAUGGUCGUCCCACAUCGCGAAAAAUCAACUUGAUUCACCACGCCCCGCUGGCUGUGUCGCUCGGAGAUUUUCCGACAGCUACGCUCGGAGCCAAUUUGGACGAACUGUUUUUGGCCACAUCCCAUUCGAAAUUCUAUGUUUCCUUUAAUGAACUAGCUGUUGCCCCCUGUGUGAAUGGAAAAUCCAACGUCUACAGACGUUCCGACCUUGAUGAGGCUGUUUUCCGCAUGGGGCAGCAUGCAGCGGUUCCUAGCUCCAAUGGCCAAAGUGGCAAUGUUCACAAGGAUGCGAAGUACUACAGCUUGCAUCCGGGCCAGGGAAUUCGCUUUUUUGCUAGAUACAUCGGAGAGGAUAACAUGAUUGGCAUUGCUUUGUGGAAUUAUGGACACGGUCGCACUGGAAUGACGGGUGACUGCGUGGUCCAGCCCCUCGGGGGCUCAAACUGCUUGAUGGAUUACUGCUAUCGAAGAACCAGAUGGCUCAGGGUCCGCAAAUACAUGGUUCUUGCCGCUACAUUAUUGGAGCCUACGACAGAGUGUUUUCUUUGCGGCUUGUAUGGCAGCUUCGCUGUUGGUGUUAUUUUUCAGAACAUUCUGUUUUCGAAAUCAUACUUUGUCUUUCACGUCGUUGCAUGGUUUCUAACAGAUUGCAUUCAGCUACAGCAUUUGUUUGAUUGCGUUCGAGGUGGCGAUUCGCAGGAACCAUUUUUUAUCAAUCUCGAAAGUCGGAAAACCCCUGAUAAAGGCCUCAGAUGGUUUUUCAUCCACUGGUUUCUGCGGGAGUUGUUGGCGUUCCCUAUUUGGGUUGUCGCUAUGCUAGGAUCGCAGAUUGACUGGAGAGGCCAAACAUUCCGAAUCAAGUCAGAUCUGAGCGCAGAAAAAGUAUAG